CAAGGCGUUAUAUUUUGUAGACGUAUCAGUAAUGACAGAUCACAAAUCUGGAGUCAAGCAACAAAAGCAAUCUUAAAACAAAAAUUCAUCGGAUAAUGGGUUAUAAGUCUAGACACAAUAUGAUAGGCAAACAAAGCCCAAAAUUCGUUCUAUUUGGAUUUCAGUUUUAGGUUUGUGCGGCCCUAUUGUAUAUAACCCGGAUGUGCCGGUUUGGUUCAGAUUUUUCUUCCUAUCCGAACCGAAUCGACUCGUAUACGCCCGCUUUUUCUUAGUCUGUUACUCGAAAUCGAAGGCGCUAGAGAAACAAAAAAUGGAGGGGAGCUCGACUUCUGCUUCUAUCCAAGCCGUAGAAGAAACCCUAAGGACCAGAGGCUGGUUUUUCGGCAAUUCGGACGAAGUCAAAGCUCUCAUAGUAAUACAUACGGCUUUAUCUGACGAUGUAGACUCUUGUUUGAUCGCCGAUUCGGUUGAACCUGAGCUCAUUAACAUGGACCUUAGAUCUAUCGGAGGGAAAUCCUUACCCGAUCCGAACCCCCGAAAAUCUUCUUAUAUUCUUGGUCCCAAAAUCCUUCAGAUUUCGUCAGUUAGGGAUAUAUCUAGAAGCAGCAUAGCGGAAUUUUCGGGGAAUUCGAGUAGCUUUCGUUUGCUAAGAUUGGGUUUGACAGAUGGACAUAGUGAGAUUACUGCCAUAGAGUAUUCUCAUAUUCCUGCAAUUCCUGACAAUGUGGUUCCCGGUACCAAGAUUCGUUUGGAAAAUAAAGCCAUCAUACAUGGUGGCAUAUUAUGUUUGAACCCUAAAGUGGUAACUUUGUUGGGAGGUGUUGUUCAAUCACUCCAUGAAGAAUGGGAGAUGAACCAAAAAUAUUCAGGUUUCUCCCGUUCAUCAUUAAGGUCAUCCCAGGAAAGUGGUACUGGUGGUCCUCCUUCAUUCGAGAAGUUGCAAAUUGAGGCACCCUCAAGCAAUAGGUUUGUUCAACCAGGCAGAUCAUCUCAUUACUCUGUGUCAACAUUGAAGAAUGCUGGACCUACUGUGGCGAAUUCAGCUGGGAAUACUGAAAGUAGGUGGAACAGAAGGUACCAGACUGUUGAAUCAAAACCAGAUACUGCGGAUAAUGGUCUUAAGACAGCUUUUGCAACAGAAAAAACUGAAGGAAAUCCAAAUAGCUCAGAAACAAGACCAAAAGAAGUAGCUGAGUCUGUCCCUCUUCAAAAUCAAGCAGCUUCUCAGAAGCUCUUGCAGAAAAUGAGCCAUUCCAACCACAAUGGUCGACAUUCUAAAGGUCGAAAAUAUAGGGGAAAGGAAAAACAAGAAGAGCAUGAGGUUUUGACUUUGGAUGAGUGGGAAAAGAUGAAAGCUGGCUCAAAACCUCAGAUGAGAAAUGAGCUUCCUGAAACAAGUUGUGAUGAAGACUUUGCUAGGCAGCUUCAGACUCAACUGGACUUGGAUGAUUAUCAUGCACAAAGAGUGCAUGACACAGAGGCAGAGAACAUUAAAAGAAGUAUGUUUAACUAUGAAAGAGAGGAUGGUAGAAAUCGACAAGAGGAACAUCGAGGGAGAGGAAGGGGGAGGGGAAGGGGAGGAGGGAGAGGAAAAGGAAGAGGGAGAGGGAGAGGGAGGUUUAACUAACCUUUUUUCCACCUGUAUGUUAUAUAUGCACUCUUCAUGUACAAGGUAACCUUUUUCCUUAUCCUCUAAUUUUUUUGCUUUUAUUUUUCUCAUAUACACGUUUAAGCCCAUGCAUCACGGUGCCUCUCAUCUCCUUCCAAAAUGGACAAAAAGAAAGACAUUGUAAGGCAGCUUCCCAGGCAUUAUUGGAUGUGUUUAGUGAAAUGAUUCGUAUCAGAGAGAAAAAAAUGCUCACGCCUUAUCCCGCUUCCUUACAAUGGUGCAAACAUCCACAGGGUGUUGUGAACCAUCUUUUUGGUAUAAUUGAGGCAUUUCCCUUUUAAGGCCAUCUUUCUGGUGUCUUUUCCUUUGCUUCUUUUAAUCAUCUUUGCUGCCAUAGCAUAUUAAGCAAUAUUCAUAUUUCUGAAAUUUGCAACUAUUUUUCGGCUACAAAAGAAAGCUUAUUCUAAGCAAGCUUUAACUGUUGUUAUGGAUUUAAUUAAAUAUUUGCAUAUGACCAGGUAACUCCAAAAUUCAAUUUGUUUUCUUUGACUGUUCUUAGGUGAUAAUUUGAAAAUCUUGAUUUUCUUCUCAUGUGCUUGAUUGAUGAGCUACUGUUUUGGUGAUUAAAAAUAUUAUUCCACUUUUUUUUUUCUUUUUUUGCCAUUUC